GUCUUUAGCAUAGUCAGUUUUGUGGCAAGAAUGGCGGUAUUGCCACAAAUCAGUUGGCGGGUAUUUUACAAUUAUAUCGCCUGUCGUCUUUUUGUGUAUGUCUGGACUAGCUAGCACAGCAAACCUAGUCAUUUCCUAAGAAGCUAUUUAAGCUGUGUAGAAACCGUUUAAUAAUAACACGCUGGUUAUUUCCUUCUGCAAUGGUAGUCGAGGUAGAAAGCUUCUUUGGUGUGUACAUGCUUUACUGCACUAAUCCUAAAUUCAAAGGCCGGAUAUACAUCGGCUUCACUGUGAACCCCGAGCGGCGCAUCGGGCAGCACAACGCUGGAAGGCACAGAGGAGGAGCCAAGAGGACCAGCGGCAGGGGACCGUGGGAGAUGGUCCUCAUUAUACAUGGCUUUCCCUCUGAUAUUGCUGCCCUGAGGUUUGAGUGGGCGUGGCAACACCCUCACUCCUCCAGGCGACUCUCCCAUGUUUCCCGGCGCUCCAGAAAAGAGUCCAGUCUGCAGUUCCACUGGCGCGUCCUCUGCAACAUGCUACGGGUGGCUCCGUGGAACAGACUGCCGCUGACGGCCCGCUGGCUCAAACAGGAGUACAUGAUGGACUUUGAGCCCAGUCUGCAGCCUCCCCUGCACAUCCCCGUCGCCUUCGGCAGCGUUAGAGCCAAGAAAACGCAGCAGUUGCAGUCUGCAGGAGAGGAGGAGGAGGAGGAUGCAUCCAGGUGUUUUCUCUGCAGAGACUUGGUCAAGAUGUCAGAAAAGCUGAGCUGUUUCCACCUGUCCUGUGGAAUGAGCAGUCAUGUGAUCUGCCUGGCCAAACACUUCCUGAGGUCCGAGCCGUCCCACCUGCUGCCCGUGGAGGGAGAAUGUCCGGCCUGCCGUCGCUCCGUGCUGUGGGGGAGCCUCAUCCGUCAUAAACACGGCUGCUUCGGAGACCUGGAGGAGAUCACGCCAUCUGCAUCCCAAAGCCACUGGGCAGAUGAACUACAGAUAUGAAAGAGUGGAGUCUGCAAAACUGAACUUUGAUGAACUGUGGUGCUGCCACAGAGUUAUGUAAAUGAUAUGAAAUGAAAUACGCCUUUUUCAAACUGGACAGGAAUCUACAGUAACUUCAAAAAAAAAUCUGUCCACUGGCUAUGCUUGUUAUAAAUCUGAUCAUGAAGCAUUUUUUUAUACUAUGUGUUUAAUGUAUUAAAUAUUUGUGUGUGUGUGGGGGGGGGGGCUUUUCAAUGCAUUGUGUGACAA